AUGAUAGAGUCAACUGACAACUCCACUACUGUCAAGAAGCUCGAGGUCGCGUUUAUCGACACCAUUUUGACUUGCAUGCUGGGGGAGAGCAGGGUUGAGCAACAAAAUGCAGUGUCAAUGAUCAGCCCAUACCAUUCGAUGGAGGUAACAGGCCCCUAUCGAACGAAUCUCUACAGCCAGCAUAAGAUUUCGCAAUCGAAGAAACAAAUCCAACAACAUCAACAAAGCCCUCGAUCUUUCGCUGACUUUUACUUUGUCGGAGGGAAGAAGAUAUUUGUUUAUCCUCCUCGUAAGGCAGCAAGUGGGAUCGAAUCUCGCAGCGACCAGAAUGACCGACAAAUCGAUGACCUGCUUUGUGUAGUUCACAGUGGGGUAGACAAUCUUGAUGCUGAAAGCUCGACGCCAAGCCUCGAGGAGGAGGGCAGAAAGCAGAAGUUUUAUCGCGGACAUGACGCUGCAGUAACCUGCUUGACAGUCUACAAAAACGACAGCUCGUCGUCGAAUAUGAACGGUUGGCUCACAGCUUCCGGGCAAGAAACCGCUUAUUCCCAGAGGAGAGACGCGUAUAGGAUGACUAGAGAUGGAGCAAAGGGCACUAAGAAGGAGGAAGAGAUGACCAGACGUUGUAAGCAUGCCUACGUGUGCUUAUGGAGCAGCCAGACCAUGGAGGAAUUGGGAAGGAUAGGAUACGAAGAGGAGAGAUUUUACGGGUCCAUCCUUUCCCUCUCAUUUUCCCCCGAUGGGAAGCGACUGGCGUGUGUGACGGCAGACGCUCGUCACACUUUGACUGUCUGGGAUUGGCAGCGACAAGAGAAACUUGUCGAGGAGGCUGCGAGCCAGCAGGAGGUGCUGGGAGUGUCUUAUUGCUCCCUCCCACUCCCUAACAACAUUGAGAUCCUCGCGACCUUCGGCAAGCGACACGUUCGAGUUUGGAAACUCCGCGGGCUGGAGCUGAGCUCGAUGGGGAGGACAGAGAUGAUGCAUCGUGAUGAUGCGAAGCCUCGGCUGGCGAUCUGGGAUGUGACAAAGAAGCCUCCUUCCUUUAACAAGCCGAGCAAUAUAAGCAUGGAGCAAGCAGCUUCUGAAAGCUACCUCAAGACCUUGUGGGCGUCAAAGCGUCCUGGUUUCAUGGCAGGAGAGGGCAAGUCAGUCUUGAUUCCUGCCCAACAGACCAGCAACCGCUGGUCAGGAAAGUCGUACGCAGCUCACUUGCCAGAUGCAGCUGCCAUUGCAGACGGGGAUAAAAGUUAUCGCAUAAUGCAAGCGAACAUGGUUGAAGAUCCAGGCGAGAAGAACGUGGGGUGGGAGGCCAAUGUAUUGCUUCAAGUCAUCCAAUCGCGACCCGACUUUGACCCACGAGCCACCACCAAGAGAGACCUGCGGUUUCAGGAAAAGUUGAUCAAGUGUCUGCCCUCUCAGCCGAGCAUUCAUGGUAGGAUGGCAGUCUUUGAAAUGCCCGGCACGGAAGAGGGGGCAGGACGCGUAUCAGAGCAUAAAGCAGGUCGCUCCACUGACACUUCAAGAGGAACGCGCCUUUGCGAUGCUGGAGGAGAAAGGCUGGAAGAGACCGUUCCUCGCAAGACAAACGGAAAACCCCAGAGUCACAUCGAGUUUUGCCUUCCAAGACAAGAUUACAGCGACAAGAGCAAACAACCUGAAACUGAUAUCAUUUUAUUGUGCGGAGGGUCAGAUGGAAGGGUAUACCGGUUCCAAGUUACGACGGAUAGGAAGGAACCGAACCUGUUUGACCAGAAGGUUUCUCAUGUUUGGAGUGAUGGCACCGAAGCUCCCAAGAUAAAUCUUCUCGAGGUUCAUCUGGUUGGCCCUGUAAACGCGAUUUUCACGUUCAAAGAUGGGACUUUCUUCACCGGAGGACAAGAUGCAAUGCUGAAACUGUGGAACUCGAAUAUGAAGCCUUUCUAUUCCAUGGAGAUCGACGGGUGUAUAGCCGAGUGGAGGUUGUCGAAUGCCGUCCGCCAUUUGGAUGUGUUUCGCUACGAGUCCACCAAGCAAGGGAUUCGCCUGGAUCGCGCGAUAGUCGCGGUGGGGACUGACAACAGUGAGAUUCAUAGGUUCCCUGUGGAGCCGACAAGAUUUCGUGAGAUGGAGAAAGAGUGGUCGCCUCUUGACCCCUUCUCUGUUGUCUGGGCAUGGAGGGAUCCUAUCCAGGAUCAUUUUGUCGGUUUGUCCAUAUCAUAUACCAGAUUGCUUGCUGCUCCAAGUGGCGUCGGCGACGGAUACGCGGCAAUGUGCACGAUGAGAUCAGAUGCCUCUGCCCCAUCAUGCUUGCAGAUUUACAACGACUUUCUAGACCCACUUCCACACAGAGUCAACUUUGAGGAAGCUUCUUUCAGUGUCGACUACAACCCGGAUGGGUCACUGCUGGCGGUGGGGUCAAGAAAUGGAACCGUCACAUUCGUUUCUCACUCCACUGCCACAAAGCUGCACACUGUCGAAGUCUCGACCCAUGCCAUUCGCCAGAUUCGCUUUGGCCCGUGUGGCAGGAAGCUUGUUGCUGUUUCUGACGAUCGUAAAGGUGAGGCGGAGAUUGUGAGAUCUGAAACAAGAGAAUACAGCAAAGACUACAUCUGA